AACUAGCAAAUAUGACCGUUGGAAGGCAAUUUAUAGAGAACAAAGAAUCAAAAUCCCAAAAAGCCAAAAGAAAAUCCUUUCUUCGUUGACAAGCCUAUCAAAUGGAAAGAAAUCAAUUACUAACAAAGAAGAGAGGAAGAGAAGAUUGCAGUAUGGAAAAUCAAGGGACAGAUGAGGCUAUGGCGGAAGAGGAAGCACACCCAUAUGCAUUUCACGUUUCUGGGCCUCGAAAUGUGGCUUCUCCUAAUUGGAGAGACCUUAUCAAUUCCAGUUGGAAGAAUGAGAAUUACAAGAGAACUGUAAUUGCCUGCUUCAUUCAAGCAGUCUACUUGCUUGAGCUUGACAGACAAGAGAACAGAACAGAAGAGAAUGCCCUUGCUCCAAUGUGGUGGAUGCGCUUCAAGUACAAACUGACCCAAACUUUAGUUGAUGAAAGAGAUGGAUCAAUAUUUGGCGCAGUUUUAGAAUGGGACAGAACUGCAGCAUUUGCUGAUAUGAUACUCAUCAGACCUAGUGGAGCACCUAAAGCUGUUUUAGCACUCCGAGGAACACUACUCAAGAGCCCAACAAUCCGAAGGGAUAUUGAGGAUGACCUCCGUUUUCUUGCUUGGGAAAGCUUGAAGGGUUCUGUUAGAUUCAAGGUAGCACUUGACGCAUUAAAAUCGGUUGCUGAAAACUAUGGAAGCUGCAAUGUAUGCAUUGCAGGUCAUUCUUUGGGUGCUGGCUUUGCUCUCCAAGUGGGAAAAGCAUUAGCUAAAGAUGGUAUAUAUGUGGAAGCCCAUUUAUUUAAUCCUCCCUCAAUUUCUAUAGCCAUGAGCUUGAGGAAUAUUGGGGAAAAAGCUGGAUUUGCUUGGAAGAAACUUAAAUCGAUGCUUCCUUCAAGUAGUGAAUCUCAGGCCACCAAUAUGGGGGACAAAAGUUCUACAAUAGGAUUCAGGAAUUGGGUGCCGAAUUUCAUGGAUAAAACUUCUAUAGGAUUGAAAAAAUGGGUACCACAUUUAUAUGUGAAUAAUAGUGAUUACAUUUGUUGCUAUUACACUGACGCUGAUGGACCUGAAGAUAAAAAUGCUAAUAAGGAGAAUCUGGGUUGCACAAAUUUUACAAAUGGACAAGUUGCAGCAAAGUUGUUUGUCAUGUCAAAGGGAAAACAGAAGUUCCUUGAGGCUCACGGCUUAGAACAAUGGUGGUCUGAUGACGUGCAACUUCAAAUGGCCCUCCACAACAGCAAGCUGAUAAGCAGGCAGCUGAAAUCCUUGUAUAACCUCCCAGCUCCUCAACCAACACAUGUGCCACAAUGACACUGGUUGGUGGUGCCUUACAUUCAUUCAUUUCAAUCCUGAUACAUUCAUUCAUACUACCUUUCUGGUGUUGGUAAUUUGUAUUUGCUACAAAUUUGAGAAAGAGAAUUCAUGUUCGUUCUUUGGAAAGAUUGGCUUUUUCUGGCCUCGUUCGUAUUCAUAAUCAACAAAUGUUUCCUCCUCUA